AUGCCACAGGGCCUGGCUGCUCCCUUGCUCCUGCUGAUCCUCCAGGGAGCUUGGGGCUGCCUGGACCUCACCUGCUACACUGACUACCUCUGGACUGUCACCUGUGUCCUGGAGACUUGGAACCUCCACCCCAGCACACUAACUCUCACCUGGCAAGAUGAGUACGAGGAACUGCAGCACAAGGAAACCUCCUGCAGCCUGCAUAGGUCAGGCCACAACACCACACACGUGCAGUACACGUGCCACAUGCCCUUGUCUGGAUUCAUGUCUGAUGAUGUUUUCACCGUCAACAUGAUGGACCACUCUGGCAACAUUUCCCAGGAGUGUGGCAGCUUUGUCCUGGCUGAGAGCAUCAAGCCAGCUCCCCCUUUCAAUGUGACCGUGACCUUCUCUGGACGUUAUGAUAUCUCCUGGCGCUCAGAUUAUGAAGAACCUGCCUUCUAUGUGCUGAGGGGCAAGCUACAAUAUGAGCUGCAGUAUCGGAACCUCAGAGACCCCUAUGCUGUGAGGCCGGUGACCAAGCUGAUCUCAGUGGACUCAUAUAACGUCUCCCUUCUCCCUGAAGAUUUCCACAAAGGCUCUCUCUACCAGCUGCAGGUGCGGGCAGCACCCCAGCCAGGCACAUUAUUCAGGGGGACCUGGAGUGAGUGGAGUGACCCUGUCAUCUUCCAGACGCAGGCUGAGGAGCCCAAAGCAGGCUUGGACCCUCACCUGAUGCUGCUCCUCAUGAUCGGCUUGACCCCUGUCCUGAUCUUCAUGGGUCUGAAGAUUCACCUGCCUUGGAGACUGUGGAAGAAGAUAUGGGCACCAGUGCCCAGCCCUGAGAGUUUCUUCCAGCCCCUGUACAGGGAACACAGUGGGAACUUCAAGAAAUGGGUGGAUACCCCUUUCACAGCCUCUAGCCUGGAGCUGGCACCACAGAAUCCCACAGCAAACUCGGUCCUACAAGUGCAUGAUGGACAUUCAUCAUCAUACCCAGCCAAGGGAAAGAAGUUCCUGGGGCCACCAGGUCUGGAAGAGCAGCUGGAGUGUGAUGGAGUGGCCGAGCCUGGCCCCUGGUGCACAGUUCCCUUGGUAGCUGGCCCAGGGCACUCAGCCUACAGUGAGGAGAGAGACCGGCCGUAUGGCUUGGUGUCCAUUGACACAGUGAUUGUGGGGGAUGCAGAGUGUCCAUGUGCCUGGCCGUGUAGCUGUGGGAAUGAUGGCUACCCAGCCCUGAACCUGGACGCCGGCCCUAAUGCAGAGGAUCUGCUCUUGGUCGCAAACACCACUUUUCUGCCCUGUGGCUGUGUCUCAGGUGGUGGCCUCAGGCUGGGAGGUUCCCCAGGCAGUCUCCUGGACAGACUGAGGCUGCCCCUUGCCGAGGAAAGGGACUGGAGAGCAGGUCCACCCUGGAGAACUGGGUCUCAAGGAGCGGGCUCUGAGAGCGAAGCAGGCUCCCCCCCUGGCUUGGACAUGGACACUUUUGACAGCGGCUUUGCGGGCUCAGACUGUGGCAGCCCCGUGGAGAGCGAUGAAGGGCCCCCUCGCAGCUAUCUCCGCCAGUGGGUGGUCAGGACCCCUCCACCUGUGGACAGUGAGGCCCAGGCCAGCUAGCAUACGAGGGCCAGCUGUGAGGAGAAGAGGCCAGAAGCCUGUUGUCUCUGGGAGGGCCUUUGAGCCUGACAUUUACAGUGUGAAUAUGUAGGUAUGUGUGUGUCCUUGUGUGGCUUGGGUGUGUGUGAGCACAUCCAUAUGUGAGAAGCGCAUGCCUUGUGUGCACUGUCAUACCUGUGUGUCUGUCUGAGCUCACUGUGUGCAUGCAUGCGUGUAGGCGUCUCUUAGACAUGAGCCCCUGACUC